CGGAGCGCGUGCGCACCACGGUCCCGCCACACAGCCGACUUACCAAACAGGUUUCAAUUCGGGCCGAAUUCUGCUUGAUCGAGAGACUCGCGCUGCCCGUUCGGCGCUCUCGGUGCGCAGUGCUUGAUGGUGUAGCAGAAAGGAAGAUGCCAAAGUCACCCCAGGCAGGGUCUUCUGAGGAAGGAGGGCCGGUGGCGGCGUCGUCCGCCGCGGCCACCCCGCAAAAGACCUUCCGAGGGCGAGGGCUCGCCAGCCAGAUUGUGAGCCACGAUGAAAUCGCCCAGGAAAUCAUGCAGCGCUCCCUCAGGAAGAAUCCUGCGCCCAUUCAAUCCGACGUCAAAGACGUCUUCUUCGCUAUGAAGCUCACCCAAAGACUGGCCAACAAACUCAGUCCCGCCUCCAAGGACGGGACGAUUCUUUCUUCUCCAACCCUGAUCAACCCUGAUCCGCCUCCCCUCCUUCGUCUUGACCAGGAGACCACCUCGUCGCCCCACGUGUCCGCCCCCAAGAGGAAGGCCUCCACCGAGGCCACCUCCGGCACCACUCCGGCGGGGACUGCCGCCUCCGCAGCCCCCAAAACCGGAGGCAGAAAGGGCUUCCGGUUUCAGCGGCAGCUCGACCCUGAGACGGAGAGGGAACUCGCCCUGAAGCAGCUGAACGAGCUGCCGACCCUGAAGAGGAGCCGGCGCAAGACCAAGGAGGUGGUGGCGCCGCCCAGCAAGACGCAGGAGGCGUCCAUCCAGACCAGUGCCUUACAGCAUCCCCUCACCAACGGGGACGCGGACAAAGUCGAGCUCAAAAGCGAGCCAGAGAAAGCGGAGAGCGUGUGCAGUUCCGAGUCAAAGAAGAGACGCUCGAUGCACCGCGAACUGGACAUGCUGCUGGGCGACGAAGGUGCCGUCAACAUGAUCUACGAGGCCGAGAGCGGCCAGGAGCGGCGCAAGUCGCGGCCGCAGCGGCCCGACCUGUCGCUCAAGGCGCGUCUUGUGAAGACGGCUGUGAUUCGCCUGAGCUCUGCUCCCACCUCCUCCAGGGCGCGCCGCAAGACGGAACCCACGCGGCCGCCGCCUGAAGCGCCCAAAGCUGCUCCCAAGCCCGAGGCGCCGCCGAGACCGACGGCCGAAGAGUCGAGGAUCAUUCGCAGACACUCGACCUCCUCCUCGGACUCAGACGCGCCUCCUGCCAACAAGCGCAAGGCGACGCCGAUUUUCAUCAAAAAGGCUGACAAGAGUCAGGCCAAGCCCAAGAAGGCCGCGUCCUCUGUAUUCCCAACCAUCAGAUUACAGAAAAAGGUGCAAGCGAAGAGAGUCGAGUCCAAGAUCAGGAUCCAGUUGAAAAAGAAGCCAGAUCCGAGGAAAAAGAUGAGUGCUGCGGUCAAGCGCAGUUUGAAAACCGUCAUGGCCAAAAAUUUCCAACAAGGCUUGGUGAAAAAGACUCAAAUCACUGCCCCCUUGCGAGCCAAGGCCAAGCCCGAGGAUGACCCGACCUUGAGGACUUUGGAAGCCCAGCUUGCUCUGAUGAUAGGAGAAGAUCCGGCUCCGGAAAGUCCAAAAAUCGGUCCUUCCUCAUCCACAGGCAAACCUUCGGGGCUGAGUUCGAAGAGGAGCUCGACUGACGAUAACGGAAACAAGCAGCGCUCCACCUUCCGUCAGAACGCUGGAGUGGUUCCUUGCAAAGAACUCACAGUUCGACGACAUCCAAACUUCAUUCAGGUCAUUUUGAACCCUAGCUCAACCAAGUUGAAAAAUUCCUUCAACACAGCCGUUUUGAAGGAGUUGAAGAACUUAUUUGUACAAUUAAAGAAGGAUGAGUCGUGCAGGGUACUUUUGCUGUCCUCGAACGGAUCCGCCUUCUGCCAAGGGGUGGAUCUGCAUUCGCUGAGUGUGCUCACGCAAGACAAGAGGAAAAAGGCUGCCCAAGAACUGGCCCUAGCAAUAAAGGAGUUCACAAAGGCCAUGGCGUCCUUCUCCAAGCCCAUCGUAGCGGCUGUGAAUGGAGCGGCGAUUGGCCUCGGGGUGGCCAUUCUGCCCCUGUGCGACCUUGUGCUGGCCUCGGACAAGGCCACGUUCUACAUGCCCUACGCAGACCUCGGCCAGUCUCUGGAGGGUGGUGCUUCGGUCACUUUUCCCAGACUCUCAGGAUCGAUGGCUGGAGACUUGUUAUAUAGCGGCCGAAAAAUCACCUCGAUGGAGGCCGAGCGCAUUGGCCUUGUGUCUAGGGUUGUGUGGCACGACAAGUACCUGGAGUACCUGAUGCCCACGGUUCAAGAACUGGCCUCAAAAUCGUUACAGUCGCUCGAGUCGACCAAGAGUCUUCUGCGUGAAAGUCUGAGGCGCGAGUUGGACGGCGCCCUGGAAGGUGAAGAAAAGCUGCAGAUCCAGCACUGGUGCUCGUCCGAGUUCCAGAAGAGCGUGCGCAAGUUCCUCGACGCUGAGGGUCUGCAGCUGCAAAAAGGCUCCUCCUAGACUGACCACACAGACCAAAUCAGUUGCGUCUCCAUUAAUAUACCAACCAGCCACUGCGAAUUCUUCUAAUAAAGAUCAACAAACAAACAACAACAAAAAACUGUACAAACACUAACGCAAUCAUUUUAAGCAGAAUGAAUAGAUCAAACAAAAGCUGCGUCCCAUUCUUUUCUUUGCCAAACACAGAAUGCAAUUCCGCAGCAGCUGCGAUUCGAUGUAAAUAAAUAUUCAAUUGUGGCCGUGAUUUUCAAAUCCGGUGGCCGAGUGAAAAACAAUUAGUAUAACGAUUAUUGAAAUAUGUGCAUAAUUAAUUUUAGAAAGAAAAUGGUUAUGAAGAUGAAGAAAAUCACUGUUGAACUCGAUGGAGCACCCAAAUUAUAUAAAUUUCCUUCUUUUUGUCUUACUUAUUGCCGAGGAAAAUAUUAUUCAACUUUUAUUUAUUGUAGGGAUAUUGUUGUGGAAAUGUAUCAAACCCUUGCAAACUUCCACAAUGAAAAAUUAUAAUGUUAUCUCAAGAUCCCUCUUCUCACGAGUUGUGUUUCGCACUUAAAUGGUGUUUGAGAGGAAAUAAAUUGCACUGCUAUCAUAAUCAUAUAUUUAUCCAAACAAGUCUGAUAGAAGAAGAGGAGAAAAUUGAAAACUGAACUUCUUAAAUGAAUAAUAUAUUCACCAAAAAUUAGGUUUCGUUGCUUUUGUAAUUGUCACGGCGAGAAUAUUUAUCUACCAAAGCUGUUUGUUGAACAAGAAACGAUUUGAAGUUAGUUUAAGGCAGUGCAGUGUUUUUUUUGUUUUUGUUUUUUUUUUUUUAUUAAGUAGACCUGAAUUCACGUACUACAUAUUUGUUACAGUUAAUUUGAGAAUGGUCCUGAAAGAAUCAGAAUUAUUCUGGAAAAUCUAGUGGGCUUUGUUUGUAAUCCGUUAAUUAGUCUUCAUUAUGUUAUUGUAAAAUUACUUCCACUUUCGAUGGACACUGAAAAUAAAUCGCUCUUAUUUCAAUUAAUGCUCUGCAUUUUA